AUGGAAUGGGUGUUAAGUGACUUAAGUGAAGUUUAUCAACUAAUUUUUGCUUUUCCUAAAUUGAAAUAUAUUAAAUGUUCAGCGGAUAGAUUCUUCAUAUCUGUCCUAUUGGCAAUUGCUACCGAUGAACAAUUCCGUACUAUUGAAUAUUUUGUUAUUAAUCAUAAUUGUACUUUAAUAUCUUAUACACUUGAACUUUUUUAUUUAAUUUUACGUGUUAUUACUUUCUUUGAAGAUAAAGGUUAUCUUGAUGGUGAUCGAUGGGAAGGAUUAAUUUCGGAUUAUUUGCCUGAAGUAGAAGAAUUUCAUUUAGAAUAUCAUCAACAAAUCGAUCCCGAAUCUGGAUAUCUAACAGAUUUUUAA